AUCAAACGUCAAUCAGGCUUAUCAAUUUUGAUAUUACCAGUGAGACGGCUUUCAUCUAAAAAUUUUUCUACGUUUGUGCGAAAUUUAUCGCGAAUUAUAGGUAUGAAUCGAGUUUAAUCAAAUAUUAGACUGUGCAACGAAGUUUAAACAACUUUCUUCGAUACGAAAAAUUCAAACAAAUAAUAAAUGAAUACCAUAAUAUUAUUACGAAACCGUAUCAGCGCCUGAACCCAUGCGUGAUCAGUUUAGGAGUGAAACAAAAGAUUUAAUUUUGAACUAAAUUGGUAUGACUAUCCGUGACAUCUGUGGCAAAUAUCACAUCUAAAUAAUCAUCAGUGCUUAAAAGUGAAAUUAUUCAACAAAGAAGUUCCAUUAAAUUUUGUAUGCGGAAUCGCAUUUCUGGUGCCGAAACGUCCAGCAAGUGUUUUUAAUUGGUACAAAUUAUUCAAAGAGGGUUGAGAACACGAUGACGACGAAACAAAUCCAGGAUGGCCAUCAACAUCAACUGAUGAUCAACACGUCAAUAAAAUAAAGAAAUUGCUGCUUAAAAAUCGACGAUUAAUAGUCAGAGAUCUUACUUAUAUCGUUGGAAUAUCGGAAGGAUCAGAGAAAACCAUUUUGGGUUUCAAAAAUCACCCAAUUUUUUCGAAAAACAGCGUCGCAUUACCGUCUAUAAAACUAUGAUUCUCAACUACCAGAUUGUCAUGAACUGUAUUAUUACUGGCGAUGAGUCUUGGAUCUACGCUUACGACCCGGAAACAGAUAAUCAACGGGCGAAUAUCGUGGCAAAGAUGACGGAAAAUGUAAUUUCAACAUCCUCGCUCCAUGGGAACACAAGCUCUGUAUUAACGCUUAAUGACUGCAGUUCAAGAACUUAUCUAACUGCGAAGAAACAGCUUGAUGAUGAAUACAGGCCAGAGCAUUAUCGCGAUCAAGUUAAUGGUCAAUCAUCAGUUGGCGCUUUUGUGCAUUUGCUCAAAGGUUCUUUAGGUUUCGGUAUACUCUCCAUGCCGAUGGCUUUCUACAAUGGUGGCUUACUCUUCAGUAUGGUUGCUACGCUGAUCGUGGGCUUGCUUUGUACGCAUUGUGUACACAUUUUGGUAAAAACCUCACAAACCAUUUGUCGAGACAAUAAAAUCUCGGCGCUGAGUUAUUCGGAAACCACCGAGAAGGUCUUUGAAGGCGGUCCAAAAUGCCUACGUCCGUGGUCAGUCGUUGCAAAACGUUUCGUAGAUGGUGGACUGAUGGCAGCCCAUUUUGCGGCCGCUUGCGUUUACAUGGUAUUCAUUGCCACAUCAUUUCAUAACGUGAUCAACUAUGACACCGGUCAGAAUUGGGAUGUGCGGAUUUAUAUUGCAUUCACCGUCAUACCUUGCCUAUUAAUCGGUCAGAUAAGGAAUUUAAAAUGGCUACUGCCUUUCUCUGCAUUUGCGAAUAUAUUCAUUGUGAUCACAUUCGGAAUAGUGCUGUACUAUCUGUUCAGCGAGCCGUUGGUGUUCGCAGACAAGCCGCUGAUUGCGCGAACCGAACAGAUACCACUCUACUUUGCCACAGCCAUCUUCGCCAUGGAGGGUAUUGGCUCGGUUAUGCCCAUUGAGAACGCUAUGCAGAAGCCGCAACAGUUCCUUGGCUGCCCCGGUGUGCUCAACAGCGCUAUGAUCCUUGUGGUGAUAUUCUAUUCGGCCAUCGGUUUCUUAGGUUAUGCACGUUUUGGUAGUGAAGUGCGCGGCAGUAUCACAUUGAAUUUAGUGGACGGCACACCUUUGGCUGACACUGCGAAACUGCUCAUCGCUGUUGCUUCGCUCUUCACUUAUGGUUUGAUAUUUUACGUACCGAUUGAUACGCUUUGGAAGAAUAUUAGCCAUAAAAUCAACAAAAAGAAUCAUAAUAUCGCUCAGAUACUGAUACGCACGGCCAUUAUAUUGAUUAGUGGCGUUGUGGCCACAGUCAUACCCAAUCUGGAACCGUUCAUCAGCCUUGUGGGCGCCAUCUUUCUCUCAAUACUCGGCUUUUUGGUGCCAAGUGUCUGCGAGACCGUUUAUUUGUGGCCCGACCGCUUGGGCUUCUGGAAAUGGAGGCUGUACAAAAAUUUGCUCUUAAGUACCUUUGCGUUAUGCGCGCUCGUUGCUGGCUCAGUAGCGAGCAUAAAUGAAAUUAUUAAAAUUUAUCAGUGAUGCACAAAGUUAAGGCUUAUGUUUAAGCUCAAAAUUAUUCACAUAACUGUAAGGUAUCCAUAUAACAGUUAUAAUGAAAGUUCUGUAAGUACUAAAAAGUAGCCAGUCAGCAACCAUUUUUCAAAGUGUUAAUUCGCUUUAUGCUAUUCUUAAGUUAUACUAUUAAGCAACUGUGAUUAAAAAUUGUAAUUUAUGAAAUUAUAUAAAGUUGUUAAGUUUAUAUAUACCCAACGAUUAUUAAAGUAA